AGAUUAUCGAAUAUGCAAAGUUCCUGGGAAUGGACACCGAGAGGGAGGGCCAUCUCUUCUGGAUCGCCAGAGAGUCGCUCAAGGCACCGCUGCCGCCAAACUGGAAACCCUGCCAAACAGAAGACGGCAACAUCUACUACUUCAAUUUUGUCACUGGCGAGAGCAUCUGGGACCAUCCCUGCGACGAGCACUAUCGCAAGCUCUACGAGCGAGAAAAGGCCAAGGGCCUUGCCAACCCAACAAUCAGCAUCACCCCCAGCGAAUCCAAGAGCGCACCGGAGCAAAAGGGGCCUGCAGCAAAGUCCAAGGAACUUGUAUCCGGCAAAUCCUCGGCGACCCCUGCUCAAGGCACAACCGCUAAAUCCUCGACUGCUGCAUCUCAAAGCACCGCCAACAAGCUACAGCCCCUCCCCGAUCUUGUCAAAAAGCCCAGCACUCUCCCAAAGCUGGGCUCACCUCUGACGAAACCAUCGUGGUCUCCAGGCGACGCCGACAAGGAGCCCAGUUCCAGCGCUGUCACGACUGAAGAGAGCGAUCAGGGACUGGAUGACGACGAAAGCGAGCAUGGUGGCGGACACAAAGCGUCCGACAGCGAGCCUGCAUCGGAAAGCGACAGCGACUUCAAUCUGCCCGACUCGAGUCCAGUCAGACCAAACUAUGCCAGCGCCUUUGAUUCCAAGCCCAAGAACACCGUCCGACAGAAUACCGAGGCGCCAGCGGCAAAGCUGAGCGCCAAAGACAUUCAGAGCAAGGUCAUCAGCCGUCUCGGAAAUGACGACGAUGAUUUUGACUUUACGGACGAUUCCGAUGUCGACCCGUCCCCGAAGCAGAGUCCAGAAAUGCACCACCAGCCUCCAGGGCCAGAAAGGGACUCCUUUGCGUCAAAGACAUCAGAGCCAGCCCCCGGACUCGAUCAUGGCAAAAGAGGCCCUCCUCAAUCUGGAGAAGCUGCGGAGACGACGCCGUCGAGUCGUCCGAAUCUCCAGAAAGAGUAUGACCAGAACGAAGUCGAAGAGCGACAGAAACACGAAGCUGCGAUUACAGCGCUUCGAAAGAGACUCCGUGACGAGAUCGAGAAGCUCGAGGAAGAGGGGGCCAGAGAAACCAAGGAAGCACGACAGCGCAUUCACGACAAAGUCCAGGCCGAGACCAAGUCACUCGAAGCCGAGCUGAAAACGGCAUCUCUGGCCGACAUCGAGAAAAUUAAGGAGCAGGUCCGAGCGACAGCAGAGAGCCAGCGGAUCCAGAUCCAAAAGGACGAAGAUCGCAAGCUGGAAGUCUGGAAGCAGAGUCUCCACGCUGACUACGAGCACAAGCAACAGCAAGCCGAACAAGAAGAGCAGCGCCUGUUCCAGCAGAGACUCGAUGCCCUAAGGACAGCCCACAGCCGCGAGAUCGACGAGCAAAAGGCACUCGAAACGAGCAAGUCCAAGCACGCAGAGGUACUGAAGCAGAUGGACGAGGAGCAAAAGCGCCAACUGGAGACCAAACUGGCGCAGAUCCAGGAGCGUUACAGUCGAGCGCUACAAGAUGAGGCUGAUAGGCUGGAGCGCAGCCUGAAGGACGCCCAAGCUGAAUCGCAUAGAAAGCUGCAGGAACUCAAAGAAGCGUCGGCGGCGACAUUCGAGCAGGAGUCCGUGCGCAUCCGCCGCACAGCCAAGGAAAAGAUUGAUGCCCUCGAGCAGGAUGAACUUGCAAAGCUCAAGGCCGAGCUCAAGGCUAGACUCGAUGCCGUCAAAGUCAAGCACGAAGAUGAGCUGGCGCGGGCACGGGACACCAGUGCCCAAGCGAUCGAUGGUGUUUGUAAGAGUCGCGAGAUAGAGCAAUCAAAGCGGACUCAGUCGCUUGAAUCAAAGCUGGCUGAGCUUUCUGCUCAAGCCAGCGAAAAGGCAAAGCUUACCGCCGAGCGCCAGACACAGCUUGAACAGUUAGCUCGGGAUAUUCAGCGGUCCCAAGAGACCCUUCGCCGCGAUCGGCAAGAGUACGAGCAGCAAAGCCGCGAUCUGGCCCAGGUUCAGGUCCAGAAGGAAAAACUGGAACGGGAGGCAUCGGAGCUCGAGGCCAAAGUCAAGAGCAAGCGCGAGCAGCUCGAGAGCCUCUCCCUGUCGCUCGCCACCACAUCCAGCCAGACGGCAGCCACGGAAGGCCUGAGUCGGGAUAUGGACGACCAGAUCAAGACACUCAAAUCAAGGCGUCAAGAUCUUGAUGCAGAGAAGGACAAGCUUGAAUCGUUUGAAAACGAGAUGGCCAAGCGACGACUGCAUCUCCAGGAUGAGAGAAUCAAGCUGGAAAUGGCCGAGCGCGAUCUCAACAGCACCCGGCAGCGACUCUCGAACGAGAAGCAAGCCCUUGCAGAUCUAGAGCGAGAGAUUACGUUCCAGAAGAAGCGGCAAGCCGAGUCGGCCGGAUGGGCUCAGCCGCGAGCGAUCGCCGAGUCUGGCAGCCCAGCAGUCAGCCAAAGCGCUGGCAUACAGAGAGACCAUGCGUUUGAGCGGCCUUCCUUUGAGCUAUUCGAGCGCACCGAUGGCGCACCACGCGGCCAUCCCGAAGCCCACGAGAGCACGACCGAUGCAAUGUCGCUGAGAGAGAUUGAGCCGCUCAGCGACGACGAGCCAGACCGCGGUGCUCUCCGCAACGAAGUCCGCGCCAAGCGGCAUUCAUCUCCGGUCAAGCGGGUAGCAGAGUACACCGCUCGACGAGCAUACCAGACCCAAGCCGGAGCAUCGAGUGGCUCCGACAGCGGCAGCUCGGAGAGCGAGUCGAAUGAACAUCAUCUUUUGAGCCGCUCGAGAGGCGAGUCUUGGAGUCCCACUCGCCAAUUGCAGAAGCAGUUUCGGAAGGAGGAGCGCCAGCUCCGGAAGGCCAAGCGGUACCUGCGAGAUCAGCGCAUCAACAUCGCGAGCAGAGGGCAUGUCCUGGACCGCUCGAAGGCGCAGUUCAAGGAGAGCGUCAACGACAUGAUGCAGUCCAAGCGCACCGAGGAGUUCAACUACCUCUCCGAUCUGCGUCUGCAGCUGGAGGAUGAGGCUCUCAAGAUCCAGCAGGAUCAAAAGAAAAUGCAGCGCGACCGCUUCGUCAUUGACGAAAACAAGCGCCAUCUUCAUGAGAUGGAGAGGGAGAUGUACGAGCGAGCCCGAGAUAUCGAGCAAGCAAAGAAGCACUCCAAACACAUGUACGACCUCGACGAGAUCGAGGAUGAGCUCUCGAAGCUGAUGGGAAUGCUGAAAACCUCCCAGGUCAACAGUCCCGUUCUCGAUCGUCGCCAUAAACCAGGAGGCGCCAGCCGCAGCCACACAUCCGAGCCCUCAACAGCUACGGCUUCACCAAGGCGGCCAUACAACGAGAGAUCCGCAACACCGCUGACUCGGGAUCGCCUCUUCUCCGAGGGCAUUCUUCCUCCUGGCCGCGGACGAACCUACCUCCAGAACAGUCUGCGUGCAAGCAGCCCCGAGAGCAAGAGCCGCUGGGAAGCCAGCCACACCCGGUCCGAGGCCAUCCUGGCAGAGCACAGCAUGUGGCUCAAGGACUUUCUCGCCAAACAUCCGCGCGCAACGGCUGCGAGAGAGUAGUCUGAGGCCCAGGUCCAACACUGCUUUCUGACGGAUCCGCCAGGCAGGAUCGGCUCUGUACCAUAUAUCAGCCUGCGACGUAUGAUUGUACGCGCUGAAUUCGACAUGCCU